GCUUGAACACUUCCUAUGUACCGACGUCGAGGUGUAGCCGCCGGGUUUCUGCUAGUUUAAUACUUUUCAGCGGUUUCUGCGAUAUAUUUUCUCAACAGCAGAGUCAUUAUGGAUUCACAGCAGCACAGUGAAACCUCCUGCAGUGCAAGAAAUUUUUUAUUUUCGACGCCGGAGGGAGACGACUUGAAGAAAGCAACUCAGAAAAGGACUCCAUCCUCAAAGUUUAAGAAAGUACACUCCAGCUUCAAAUCGCCUCUCCAGACCUGUGCAGCCCAGAGUGCUAAAGUCAGCCCAGAGGAGGAGGUGAAGGAGCUAAAGAGGAGACGAGAGGAACUGGACACAGAGAUAGCACAGCUGGAGACUGAGGGAUACAGAGUGGAGGAGCUGGGGCAGCAUAUUGACCUGCUGCAUGAGUACAACGAUAUCAAAGACAUUGGACAGACACUGCUGGGUCGUAUAGCUGCUCUGAGAGGGAUGACCACACGAGAUCUCUACGGCCACUUUGGUCUGGAACUGGACGACUGAUAGACUUUGAAAAAAUGAUGGAUAAAUAUAAUACAUGGGAGUGAAUAUUCCUCAAACCAAAGGGAGGCGGGUAUAAAGAGAUAAAGAAAGAAAUGAACCACUUGGAUUUGGACUCAAGUUGUGACUAGUGUCACUGUCUCAACCUUUCUCUGUUGGUGCUGAUUGUUUUGCCUGUUUUUCUCAUGGAAUUUCUCCACAAAGAAAGAAUGAAGGAGUGCAGUUGUGAGCACAAUAAGAGGAGUUAAAUGUCAGCACAGCAGACAGGCCUGAUAUUUAAGAGGGAUCAUUUAAACAAACCACUGACUUAAAGCUCUAAGAGAAGAGGCAUGGGAGGAAUGUCUGGACCACUCCUUUAUAACCUGCCACCUGCCUUAGUUGUAAAUGUAAAUGGUGUUCAAACAUUAACUACCUUUCAUAUGGCUUAGUUUGCUAUGUGUUUGUCUAACCAGGGAUAAAUAUAUGCAUGAUGACUGAUAAAUUUGUAUUAUUUUUCUCAGUUUGAAAGGUUAUUUACAGACAAGAGGGAAUUCUGGAACCUCAGUUUGGACAUUUGAGCCCCCGUAAAACAGCAUUUUCUGUCUGUUCUUAACAUUUACUUUGUGCACACACAAUAAUAUACAAUACAUAUGACAUUCUGGUUAUCAGAUACUGUAUGUGCCCAUUUGUAAAUUGUCAGUUCAGUACAGAAACUCACAGUGAGUUAGAUAAAUACAUUAUAGUCAGUGUAUUUAUUUGGAGACAUGAAACCAUUUAGCUGACCUAUUUCACUGGAUGUACAGGUACUCAAUCCAUUUUUCAACAUUAAUGGACACUCCAAUCAAUUGCAGCUGAGCUUUUAUCCAGUCAGUGGUAUAAUUGGUACCAAAAAAGUACAUUUAGCUCAGCUUUUACUGCCUACACCUGUGCUACUUUAGAGGUAUCUGCCUAAUUCUGCCAAUGCUAUGUCAUUUGACCUGUGCAAAUAAUACAGAGCCUGGAUGUCUGGUUUGUUCCACCCACU